UUAGAUUUAUUAUAUCAAAUAUUUCAAAAUAUUAUUUUAUCUAAUUAAUAUACAAUAUAUAUUUUAUUUAAUUUUAGGUCAAAGGUUGAAAACAGUUUACCGAAAAAGUCAAAACUGGACAAAUACUCCGGGACGGAGGUCGUAUUUCUUUUAUGUUUCUAUAAAUGGGGUGUAAAGAGCUCUGGUCAAAUUUAGCACUUUUCUACAUUUACAUAACAACUCUUAGCAUGAUUUCUCAAUUUCUCUGGUUUUGAAUUUGUGUCCGUUUGUGAUUGCCUUGUUCUUAGAUUUGUGAUUCUUGGAUUACAUUUCCAGUUUUACAUGGUCUUCUCUUCAAAUCGACUGUACUUUGGGAAGUUUUUUCUUACUAAAUCUAAUCUUUAGUUUCUUGAUUUGAUCUUAGGUUGUAUUUAAAACCUGCAUUUCAUUUUGAGUAACUUUCGAGUAUGUCUUCUAAUCAUGUUUAUAAUCAUCACAGCUUGUGUCUUAUGUUUGGAAAAAAUAGUAAAAAAGAGUGACAUUCUCCACACUUGAGUUUUGUCUAUUCAUAGGUGUUAGUUCUUAACAACUAAUUUGAUGCAAAUUCUUAUUGUGUAUUGUUAGCACGUAGCAGACAUAAUUAGUAAUCUUAUUGUGUAUUGUUAGCAGUCAUACUUAGUAAUCUUAUUGUGUAUUUUUUCCCCUAAUUUUCUGUUGUGGUAUGUCUUGUAGCCUUUCAACAACUAAAGAUAUAGCCAAUAAGGAUAGGGAAUUAGGGAAUCAAUUCACUUCUGAGUUCUCACAGAUGAAACAAUUUAUCUUACAUAGUUUUUUAGUGUCUAAAUAUUGUUUACUAGCAGAAUGGUUCAAGAGUAGAAAGAAUGAUCAAUCUAAGGGAAAAGAAUUAUAUUCAUACACUUAAUUUUUUCUCCGUUACUCCUGUGCUAUAGUUUUUUUUCCAAAAUAAGAAUACACGGAGCCCCUUCACUCUAAUGCUACAGUUGUUGACUUGUUUCAAACCUUACCUUCAUCUAUCUGGUCUUGUAUUUCGUGCAAAAUAAAUCGAUUAGAACGCUUUGCCAAUGGCAUCCACUGCUCCAAGUCCUGCAAUUAAAUUGAAGUUAUGUUAGAAAAUGACAAUGUAUCGUGUAUUUUUUUAUUUCGCAAUUUGUUUGAGAAGUUUUUCUUUUGUACCUGGGGUUGAUGUGCCAUGCUUCAUAUGACCUGGAAGAAGUAAAAAGUGUUAAUGAAGUACUGCAAUGGAUAAGUAGUUUUGUUUUUGGGAAAAGGUAAAAAAUCUUCAUUAAAUCUAUCUGACAGUGAGUGAAAAAGAACCAGACCAACACAACUUCUUACAUCCACCAAAUUCAGCAAAAACAAACAAGGGAAGUGAUAUAAUAAUUAGCAGAAUUAACGAUUUUUAGAUGCUUCUUCACCAUCUAUGCAGCCCUGCAGUAUGUUUGUUGCAUACUGCUACAAGUCUGAAUAGCUUGCUCCAAGCUGGCGACUCUACAACCAAUACUCAACAAGCAUCACCAAGAGUUUUUUUCUUGACAGCUUUACCCUCGAAGGCUUUUCUUGUGGCCCGGUCCAUUUCCCUUGCAGUUCACGGAUCCAGUCCAGGAAAGAUCUUCCUAAGAAGUGGAUUUUCACAUCCCAUUAAUGGCUGCAUUGAUUUAUUUUCAGCCAUACUUGCCUCAUGAGACACCAUAAGGUUUAAGGGCAUUGAGGAAGAGUUGAGAGAUCUAAGGAGAGAUGGGAGUGGGGUCCGCCAGAUUCAUGACAGGAUUUACGAUCUUGAUGUUUACAAUGAUCUCGGAAAUCCUGAUAAAGGUAUUGAUUACGUUCGUCCCAUGCUUAGUGGUUUAUAGUAAGAUAAGCCAAUGCAGUUCUUUUAAAAGUUUUAAGAAUCAUCCUGUUAUGGAGGAGCUUACAAGUUUUGGAGUUAGUUAGGUAUCAGAUAAAUUAAAUGAAAAAUCCAAGAAAACUGAUUUAUAAAGUGGUGUUUUAAAGUAUUUUUUUCACUUCUUAGGACUAGGUUACUACUUUGUGCUUCAAUUCUCUAAAUUGGUCAGAUUGUUUGAGGUUGUUCAGUACUUUAGUGUUCAAUACGUUGGUUUACCAAACACCAGUUUCUUUUCGUUAUUUGUUCUAGCUUGUUCAGCCAUGUUUCAUAUUUUCAUAUUUCUACUUUAGUAAAAUUUGCAUGAUCAUAUUGUUCAAGUUUGUCAUUCAUUGUGGCCUAUUAUUCAAUUAUAGUAAGAUAAGCCGAUACAUUAUUUAUAAAAGUUUAGGAGUUAUGCAGUCACAAGAGGAAAAUUAACUAGUUAGGCCCCGUUUGGUACACGUAAUUCAAGCUGUGGAAUUGGAUUUGAA